CACUGUGUUUCUCUUUAUUUUAUUUUCCUUUUCUUUCCCUUUUCUUCCUUCUCUCUCUUUCUCCUUGUGGUUUUGCUUGAUCCUAAUUUUUAUAAAGCGAAUUUCAGAAAUUUCCUUCCAUAAUAUUCUGUAAUCAUUUCUGAUCUUCUCUUCUACUGUCACUUCCUCUGUACACAUUCGCUUCUCUCCCUAUCUAAAUUAUCAAUUUUCUCUUCAUCGCGUUCGAUCAGCUUGUUAUAGCUCUUGUGUUUUAGCUCUUUCUUUUUUUUUUUUUUUUUUUCUAGCUCAAUUUUGCCGGAGACUAGAUUUUCUUUUUUCUGAAGUUUCCUGCUCAUUGUGCCUGAUUCUUCAAUUUGUUGACCAGUUCCGUCAUCUGAAUGUUGCGGGGAUGUUUGGUGAAUUUGUGAGGCUAUUUGAGGUCUCUGUUGGUUGAGUUGGAGACUUUUGGGAUCUGCUCUGAUUUUGACGUCCAUUUGGAUCUCUUUGGUGGUGUUAUAAAUCAACGGUUUGGAUCCGAUCGGGGGAGAAACAGCGCCAUCAGAUGGCGCUGUUCAGACGUUUCUUUUACAGGAAGCCGCCGGAUCGGCUUCUUGAAAUCUCCGAGAGAGUUUAUGUGUUUGAUUGUUGCUUCUCCACUGACGUGAUGGAAGAAGAUGAGUACAAAGUGUACUUGGGUGGCAUUGUGGCACAAUUGCAGGACUAUUAUGCUGAUGCUUCCUUCAUGGUGUUUAACUUUAGAGAAGGGGAGAGGCGGAGCCAAAUAUCAGACAUAUUAUCUCAAUACGACAUGACAGUCAUGGAUUAUCCUCGUCAAUAUGAAGGGUGUCCUAUGCUUUCGCUGGAGAUGAUACACCACUUCCUUCGAUCUAGUGGAAGCUGGUUGUCCGUGGAGGGCCAGCAAAAUGUGUUGUUAAUGCAUUGUGAAAGAGGUGGAUGGCCUGUGCUUGCAUUCAUGCUUGCAGGUCUUUUGUUAUAUCGGAAACAGUAUAGUGGAGAGCAGAAGACUCUUGAAAUGAUCUACAAGCAAGCUCCUAAAGAGCUUCUGCACCUUUUAUCUCCUUUAAAUCCACAACCUUCCCAACUAAGAUAUCUUCAGUACAUCUCCAGACAAAGUUUUGGUUCUGAUUGGCCUCCAUCUGAUACGCCCUUGGUAUUGGAUUGCCUGAUGCUCAGGGCCCUUCCAUUGUUUGAGGGUGGAAAGGGCUGCAGGCCAGUUGUCCGAGUUUAUGGCCAGGAUCCUUCAAAGCCAGCCAACAGAACUUCUAAGCUUCUGUUCUCUACUUCAAAGACAAAAAAGAACGUUCGGCACUACCUCCAGGAAGAGUGUAUGCUGGUGAAAAUAGACGUCCGAUACCGUGUGCAAGGGGAUGUUGUUCUUGAAUGCGUCCAUUUGGAAGAAGAUCUUGUUCACGAGGAGAUGAUUUUUAGAGUUAUGUUCCAUACAGCAUUUAUUAGGGCAAAUAUUUUGAUGCUCUGUCGCGAUGAAAUUGACACUAUGUGGGAUACCAAGGAACAAUUUCCAAAGGACUUUAAGGCAGAGGUACAUUUUGGGGAUGGUCAUGCCGUUAUGCCUAAUCUUGAAGCGGUAAUAGCAAAUGAAGAUGGGAACGAGGCAGAAACUACUUCGCCUGAGGAAUUUUUUGAGGCUGAGGAGAUAUUCAGCAAUGUGGUAGAUGCACAAGAAGCAAAAGGGGAUUAUGAUGCUCACACAGACUAUAACAACUCGACAGUUGAAAUAGAACAUAAAGAAGUCUUUAGGGAUACAUUUGCUGAUGGAAAUCUCAAAGAGGAUGGGAAAUUGGAUUUUAAUGUUGAUGCAGUGAAGGACAUAGCUGUGGAUGAUGUGAAAUACAAGAUGCAUGAGAAGGUCUACCCUGAUAUUCAAGCAGUAAAAGACAUAGCUGUGGAUGAUGGGGAUAAAAAGGUAGAUACGAUGAUUGUUGCUGUUAAUACACAGAGUAACAGGGCAAUAAAAGAAAUGGAUGAAGAUGUGAGUGGAGAUUUCAAAGCGAUGGAAGAUAGAGCUAAUGGAGAAAACAAUACUACAAAGGUUGUACAAGCCACAAUUCCACACCUAAAGUUGAGUGUUGAUGUUGGUAGUCAAAAACCUGAGAAGAUAGUGCCACCUUCACCUAGGAAUACAAAACCCGUUGUUACAGAUACAACUGUAGUGAAACAAAAAACGAAACAACUUGAGCCUCAUGGAACUAAUGGGAAACAAACAAGACCAAAUACUGUACCUCGGUGGGUUACCCCAAAUAAAGCCCCUUUUGCCAAUUCAAUGCAUGUGGCACAUCCACCAUCCAGAUAUAACAGUGCACCACCUGCUCUUGCAUUUUGUACUUCCCCAAAGGAUUCUAAUGUGGAUGCUUAUGUAAAUACUUCUGACACUGUUGCAGCCGGAGAUCUAGCUCCUAACGAGCUUACUUCCCCUGCAGUUGUAUCACCUCAUUUUGGCCCAGCAAAUGUUGUGUCUCUGCGUCCCCAAAUCCCUCCUCCACCUCCGUCUCACUCUAGCAAUGCAUUUCCACCCCAGACAUCAUUUAAAGCACCCCCACCCCCACCCCCACCCCCACCCGUUGCUUCAACUUCAUUUAGUAGGCACAAUAUGGAGAUAGUUUCACAUCAUCCAUCCUCUCCGCCCCCUCCCCCUCCCUCUAAUAGGCAGUAUAUUGGGAUGGUGUUACCUCCCACACCUCCUCCACCUCCUUGGAAGUCUAGUUAUAGUUCAAAUCUUGUUGCUCCAACUCUAGGUGCUCCACCACCACCCCCUCCACCUCCUCCUCCUCCUCCUCCUCCUCAUCCUUCUCAUUCUCCUCAUUCUGUUAAUGUUUCAACCGUUCCAAAUAUUGGUGAAGUUGGAAUUCCGCCGCCGCCACCACCACCACCACCAUCUCUUCCCAAUCAAGGAUAUUCAUCUCCCCCACAAAGACCACAGCCACAGUCACCGCCUCCACCACCACCACCUACUACAUAUGGAGCUCCACCUCCACCACCUCCUCCUCCACAUGGAGCUCCACCACCACCCCCACCACCUCCUUUAGCGCGAGGAGCCCCACCACCUCCACCACCUCCUCCUAAAGGCCAUGGAUCCCCACCACCUCCACCACCUCCUCCUAAAGGCCAUGGAUCCCCACCACCUCCACCACCUCCUCCAAGACAUGGCACCCCACCUCCACCUCCACCUCCAGCUCCUAGGCAUGGAAUUGGAACCCCAUCACCUCCACCACCCCCUCCUGGACCCCCUCCCGGACGAGGAGCCCCAACUCCACCUCCACCUCCACCUCCAGGGCAUGGAACCCCUCCACCACCGCCGCCACCUCUAGGACGUGGAGCGCCACCACCGCCACCUCCUCCAGGGCAGGGAGCUCCUUUUCGUGGAGGAGGCCCACCUCCCCCACCUCCUCCUGGAGGCCGUGUUCCUGGCCCUCCUCCUCCACCUGGACCACCAGGUGUUGGACCCCCUCCUCCUCCGCCAUUAGGUGGUAAAGGAGCUAUAGCUGAUACAAGGGGCCUAGCUUCUGGAAGAGGCCGUGGGUUUUCAAGGUCUUCAGCCGGUGCAGCGCCUAGAAGAUCUUCCUUAAAGCCUCUUCAUUGGAGCAAGGUAACAAGGGCAUUGCAAGGAAGUUUGUGGGAGGAGCUGCAGAGACAUGGAGAGCCCCAAAUUGCUCCAGAAUUUGAUGUGUCAGAGAUAGAGACCCUUUUCUCUGCUGUGGUCCCUAAACCUGCUGGUUCAGGAGGAAAAGGUGGAGGGAAACACAAAUCUGCUGGAUCAAAAACUGACAAAGUUCACCUGAUUGACCUGAGAAGGGCCAACAACACUGAAAUUAUGCUCACAAAGGUUAAGAUGCCACUGCCUGACAUGAUGGCUGCAGUUCUGGCAAUGGAUGAAUCAACAUUAGAUGCUGAUCAAGUGGAAAAUCUGAUAAAAUUCUGUCCUACUAAGGAGGAGAUGGAACUUCUUAAGGGAUACACUGGUGACAAGGAGAACCUGGGAAAAUGUGAACAGUAUUUUCUGGAGCUAAUGAAAGUGCCUCGUGUUGAGUCGAAAUUGAGAGUAUUUUCUUUCAAGAUUCAGUUCGGCUCUCAGAUAACAGAAUUUAAAAAGAGCUUGAACACAGUAAACUCUGCUUGUGGGGAGGUUCGAAAUUCUCUCAAAUUAAAGGAAAUUAUGAAGAAGAUUCUUUAUUUAGGGAAUACAUUGAACCAAGGAACUGCAAGGGGUUCAGCAAUUGGGUUCAAGUUGGACAGUCUUUUAAAACUUACUGAUACACGUGCUUCUAACAGCAAGAUGACACUUAUGCAUUACCUUUGCAAGGUACUUGCAGCCAAGUCACCUGCCCUUCUAGAUUUUCACCUGGACCUUGUUAGCCUUGAAGCUGCAUCUAAGAUACAAUUGAAGUCUUUAGCAGAAGAAAUGCAAGCUAUAAUCAAAGGACUAGAAAAGGUGAAACAGGAGCUGGUGGCAUCAGAGAAUGAUGGUCCUGUAUCUGAAAUUUUCCGUAAGACAUUGAAAGAAUUCAUUUCUGUUGCCGAGACAGAGGUGGCAUCUGUGACAAAUCUAUAUUCUGUUGUGGGUAGAAAUGCAGAUGCACUUGCACUGUAUUUUGGUGAGGAUCCUGCUCGUUGCCCAUUUGAGCAAGUUACCGCAACUCUAUUAAAUUUUGUGAGGUUGUUUCGGAAAGCACAUGAAGAAAAUUUGAAACAGGCUGAAUUGGAAAAGAAGAAAGCUGCGAAGGAGGCUGAAAUGGAGAAGGCAAAGGGAACAAAUCUUACAAAGAAGAGUGUGAACUAGCUGUGAAUUGAUAUAUUGCUGAGUGUGAACUAGCUGUAAAUUGAUAUGUUGCUUCCAUACAUGGCAGUUAGAGUUCCUGCCACAUAGCAGACUUGCGCCGCAUAUUAUUUUAGUCAAUGACGGCAAGAAAAGCUGCUGGGGACCUCGGCUCCAACAUUCUCCAUUAUAGAGUGAAAUAAGCCUCACAAGGUUAUGCAGGCAAGUAAAAAGCUAUUCCUCGAGGCUUGUGAAGCUUAAAGCAAGCAAAAAGCUUAUUCAAUCUGAUGACGGCGAUGGUGAUCAAGAUUUAGAUUUUACACGUAUCAUGUUUUUGCCAAAUAGAGUGGUUAUAUAUGCCAGCGUAGCAAAUUGUACAGUGCAGAAUUUUAUUUGAGAAGAUGAUAUGGGCGAUGGCAUUGUUACGCAAGAAAUUCUGUACGAUUUUAUCAUUUGGUUUGGCAGAAUUUUUUCAGCACCAGACCAGAGCGGAUGCGUACGAGUAAUGUGGAGACGAAGCUUCUCUGUACCAUGAGACCAUGUACAAAUCUCUAACCCCUUUCUAACCUUAGAUUCAAUUCUUUUCUUGUAACAUAUAGGGCCGUUUUUCCUUUAUUUUUUCUUUAAACCCCUUUUUAGUUUGUUUCUAAUUGAAAUUUUGACCUAGCCCGUCCUGAAAUAUGUUGUAUAGGUGUUCGUGUUUAAGAUAAGAGCAAUUAGACGACGGGUUGCUUUUAGUGUAAUUGUAUUGUAACAUUCGAAAAUCAAAAUAUAGGUUGCAGUUUGAAAUUUCCUAUUUCUUUCAA